GGUGUUUAUUUUAACAUACCACACUUUAAAAUUGAAAGGUAAGGGGGCUUUCUAGUGCUUAUUUUGCUGGAUGCGAGUCGACUUAGAGUGAUAAUAUAUUGGUUUUCCUAGUUUAGAUAAAUUCUAAAAGAAGAGUAGAUACUGGGAUUAUUUCGACAUGUCAUCGUACACCUGCAUCAGCUGCAGGGUGGCCUUUGCAGAUGGUGAGGUGCAGCGGGCACACUACAAGACAGACUGGCACCGCUACAACCUGAAGCGGAAGGUGGCCGACAUGCCCCCCGUGACGGCAGAAAACUUCCAGGAGAGGGUGCUGGCACAGCGGGCGGUGGCUGAGGAACAGGCGCAGGGUGGCGAUGUGGCCUGUGCCACCUGCGGCAAGAAAUUCUCCAGCGAAAAUGCCUUCCAGAAUCACCUUCAGUCCCGCAAGCACCAGGAGGCGGAGAAACGGACCCUGGCGGCUGCCCAGAAGAAGGUGGAGAUGAUGAACGAGAAGAACUUGGAGAAGGGCUUGGAGGCAGAGCUGCUGGACAACAAUGCCCGCAACGAGGCCCUCCAGCAGGCCCUGCGGGAGCAGCAGAAGGCUUCGCCGGCCAAGGCUGCCAAAGUCCAGGCCUCGGGGCAGGAGGGCCAGACCAGACAGCGACCAGAGAAGCCGCCCAGGUUGCAGUGGUUUGAGGAGCAGGCCAGGAAGAUAAGUGCUGAGGAGGAUGGUGCAGCUGCAGAAGAAGAGAACUGGGAGGAUAUGGAUGAUGAUGAUGAUGAUGAUGACGACGAUGACAUGGAGUGGGGUGAGGGUGAGGAAGAGGUGACAGACGAGGCCGGGUCGACGGCGUCGGGGGUCUCCUCCGAGCUGCCGCCUGGGGUCAUCCCCGCCACGGACUGCCUCUUCUGCGCGCACCACUCGCGCACCCUCCUGAAGAACGUGGAUCACAUGACCAAAGUGCACAGUUUCUUCAUCCCCGAUGUGGAGUACCUGGCGGACCUGAGGGGGCUGAUUCGGUACCUGGGGGAGAAGGUUGGUGUGGGGAAUGUCUGCCUGUGGUGCAAUGAGAAAGGCCGCUCCUUCUACUCGACGGAAGCCGUGCGCAGUCACAUGACCGACAAGAGCCACUGCAAGCUGUACACGGAGGGCGACGCCGCCCUCGAAUUCGCCGACUUCUACGACUUCAGGAGCAGCUACCCGAACCACAGUGACGGCGAGGAGGUGGACAUGGGGGAGGCGGAGCUGCCGGACGAGAAGAACCUGGAGUACGACGACGAGACCAUGGAGCUCACCCUGCCCUCUGGAGCCAAGAUUGGCCACCGGUCCCUCAUGCGCUACUACAAGCAGCGAUUCGGCGCGACCAGGACCGUGGCGGUGGCCCGUGACAGGAAUGCUGUGGGCCGGGUCCUGCGGCAGUACCGGGCCCUGGGCUGGGGGGAAGAUGCAGGCAGAGACGCCACCGCCCGCAGCCGCAAGGACAUGCAGUACGUGCAGAGGAUGAAGGCCAGGUGGAUGCUCCGGACCGGGAUGCAAAAUAAUGCCACCAAACAGACUCACUUCAGAGCCCAAGUCAUGUUCUGAAGUCCUGGCAGAGCGCCCCCUGCUGUCCCCGCGGCUGGGUGACUCCAGCUGUGCCCCCGCCCCCCCGCUGAUUACAGGAGAUUAUCACCCAUGCGUCCUUUCCCAACCGGAGGAGAUUAUCGGAGUUUCCAGAAUCAUUCUUCGCGGAGUAAAUUACAGAGUGCAGCCAAACCCGAAUCUGUGGUGCUUUGAAAGCCUGGGUUGUGGCGCCUGGGUUUUAUUGUGUUGGGGAGACGGCUGUGAUCAUUUAUUAUAGCCGGUAAUUAAAUGGACACGUUUUCAGAAAAUGCUACCCUGAAAAUAUAAUUAUUGCUUAAAAUUAUAAUGAAUUACCAUAAAGAACAGUGUUUUAAUGAG